AUGUUUCGUUCGUGCAACGGAUGUGAGGGUUCGGAAUUGCUUUUGGCAAUUGCCAUUUUCGCUUCGGCAUCGGUCUUGGUAGCUCUAUGCGCCAAACAUGCUCGGCGAGUUUCGAGAAACCAAGAAACAAGCACAAGUAACUCAAGUGCUGGUGCACCCAAGUCACCCUUGAGAUCACCCAUGCACCUACUCACUGCCAUUGGUAACAAGUCUCUGCCUUUCAUGCACAAGAUCAAGGGUGUGGAAGAGACUGAAGAAGGCAUGGCCGCUGCCUUGCAGGAGGAAGGAUUUGGGGAAGGUGGACUGUGGCAGAAGGCAAUUUUGAUGGGGGAGAAGUGCCGGCCGCCGGUAUUUUCCGGCGUAAUAUACUACGAUUGUUGUGGGAGUAGGAUUUCUGAGAUGCCGAGGUCGCCGAGGGCAAGUCUGCUUGCCAAGUAUUCUGAAGGAGACGUAUCAGUUUGA